CAGAGACAGAACAAGAAGAAAAAGAGAACAGCUGUACGAAAGGUCCAAGACUCCAGAAACAGAACCGAGAUCAGAUCCAGGAGCGGGAGCCGAGGCUAUACACAACGGCCAGAACCAGGACCUAGGACCCAGGACCCAGGACCCAGGACCGCAGACCGGGAGCAGCCCAGUCCACCAUGUCGGAGUCCAUCAGAAGAAGGAGCUCCAGCAGACAGCUGCUGCAGAACCUCAUCAGGGUGACGGCCCAGCGGAGCCAGGAGGACGCUGAGGAGGUGGAGCGGGAGCGAAGGAGGAGGGCCAGGGAGAGGCAGAGGGGAGAGGGGGGCCCCUCCUGGCCAGCGCCCCCCCAUCACAGCGGCCUCACGCACAACGCCGGGUUGGACGAGGAGCUGAAGCCCAGGUGCUGCUUGGUUCUGGAGGAGGACGAGGGCUUCGGCGACUGGAGUCACAGGUUGGAGAACCGCAACGAGCAGGAGGGGCAGGAUGACUGCAAGGCCAGGGAGCAGACACCCUCAGCACCACAGUGUAAACCGGGGCCUGAAGAGGCGAAACAGCAGGCGGAUGAAGAGGGGGCGCGGGAGCCUGACAGAAGCAGCAGAUCCCAAGAGGCUUCAACAAGAACUCCAGGGAAGGUGUCCAGCAACAAAAAGGAAGUCAGGACGUCAUAUAGCUCGUCGGUCUUUCUGCCACAGGACACCAGACUGCAGCAGGCUACAGGCCAACCAGCAGACAGGACGUCCUACUUGGCGGCAGGCACGAUGAGGCCACGCGGAGGGGCCGGCAGGGUGGAUGGGGAGGUGGAGAAGGAGGUGCUGAAGGAAGAGGAGGAAGAGGUGCAGCCCACUUUGCAAAAGGAGUGGAGGUCAGCAGACACCCGACAGAGCCCCGGAGAUGGAGACGACCCAGAGGAAGAGGAACUGAGCUUCACACAUGAAGAGAGGGAAGUCCUCCGCCUCAGGAGGGAGCAGAAACACAGGGAGGAGGAGGAGGAGGAGGAAGAGCACAAGAUGUCAGACAAGAGAUCGGUGAAAAGCGGAGACCGGAGGAGCGAGGAGGUGAGCAGAGGAUCUGCAGGUCCUCUCUGCAGCAGCAGCAGCGAAGGCGAGGAGCCGUUGAACUGCUACGGCCCCAUGAGCCCAACAUUCAAGAAACUCCUCAUACAGUUCUACCCGGAUGAAGUCAACAGCAGAGUCUCAACAGACGGUAAAUGCACGAUCAUAGAGAGAACCGAGUCUCUGAGGAAAAGCACCAACAGCAUAAAGAAGACGCUGCCGCCCGUUGCCGUUUCCAAGAUUGACAAGAAACUGGAGCAGUACACACACGCGCUCGAGGUCUCCUCGAAGGAGGGCAGGUCAGGCGUUCCGGUUCUCACAGACCUGACGAGUCCCACUGAACCUGUCGCCUCCAAGAAGAACCUGUUCGAGGCUGGAGAGGCCUGGAACCAAAACGCCAUCUCCGUCACAGCCUCUAAGGAUGCGGACGGUUUAAAAGUCGGUGUGGCUGAUCUCAUCAAUCAGUGGGUGAGAGGAAGUGAGGAUGGGAGCAGGUGCAGCUCACCCUCCAAACCAGCAGAGAGCUCCUCCGGUAAAAGGUACAAAUUUGUGGUGACCGGUCACGGCAAGUAUGAGAAGGUUUCUGUCGACAGCGGCUGCGGUGAAGACGGGAUCUCUCAGUCAGCUGGACAGUUCUAUGAGGAUUUGUGAAACACAUGUUGGACUUUGAGGAAUUUUGGAUUAUUAAAGAAAAAUUCUUUGAUACUGCACAAAAGUUUAGCCACUAAUCACUUCACUGUUCUCUGUAUUUCAAGCUUUAGGUUGGAAAUGCUUGUAAAUCCUGUUGUGAUGACAGAUUUCCUUCCACACUCUGUUAUCAUUUUACAAAAGGUAGUGAAGCAAAAAGUGAGUCUUUUCUCUGUUUGUAGUAGACAGAUAUUCAUUUCAUCCUCUCAAUGUACUUCAGCAGUGGUAUACCUUUGAAUAU